AUGUUCCGUCGCGGUCUCUCGUCACUGGCUACGAAGCCAUCAUGGAUACGUCCAGGCUCGUACGACUAUUUGCGCGAAAUUCUUGAAAGUCGCGUCUACGAUGUGGCCAUUCAAACGCCACUGCAACUUGCGCCGUCUCUAUCGCAGUCGCUACCAGGCAAUUGCCGUCUCUUUCUAAAGCGUGAGGACAUGCAACCGACUUUCUCAUUCAGUGUGCGUGGCGCGUACAAUAAGAUCGCCAGCUUGACGCCUGCCCAGCGAAAGAAGGGCAUUGUGGCUUGUGCGGCCGGUAAUCACCUGGAAGGCGUGGCUUACGCUGCUGCAAAGCUGGACAUUGACGCUAUUGUAAUUGCGCCAGUAGGAACAGUGCAGAAUGUUUCUUAUUCGACCAAGAAUAAGAUCACGAUCGUAGAGCACGGUGCAGACUUUGACGCGUCGCUGAAAGAAGCGUUCCGAGUUGCGCAGACCGAGGGUCGAUCUCUUGUUCACCCGUUCGACGACCCGCUUGUAAUCGCGGGCAACGGCACUAUUGGUAUGGAGAUUCUGAAAGAGACGGCCGGUGAUCGUGCUGCAGCGAUUUUUGCCCCUGUUGGUGGUGGUGGUUUGAUUGCUGGACUUGCCGCUUAUGUGAAAGAAGUAGCCCCUGAUGUCAAAAUAAUUGGUGUGGAGGCUGAAGGUGCCAAUCUUUUGCAAGAAUCGUUGCAGCAGGGCUCACUUGUAACUAUGUCGAGCGUGAAUCGAUUUACGGAGGAAGUGGGUAUCAAGACCAUUGGCACAGAAAACUUCCGGUUAUGCAAGGAUUUAGUAGACGAGGUGAUUACCGUGUCGACUGACGAGAUAUGCUCUGCUAUCAAGGAUGUGUUUGGUGACACACGCUCGCUCAUGGAACCAACGGGUGCGAUCAGUGUUGCUGGUGCCAAAAAGUACGCUCGGAUGAAGGAUGCUCAAGAUAAAAAGUACGUGGCUGUGCUUGCUGCAGCGAACAUGGACUUUGACCGACUGCGCUUCGUUGCGGAGCGUUCGGAUAACCGUGAGCGUUUCAUGGCUGUCAAAAUUCCCGAACGUAUUGGUAGUUUUCAAGAUCUUUACAACGUCAUCUUCCCUUACAAUGUAACCGAAUUCUCGUAUCGCAUGGACUCUGAAAGUGAUAACGAGGCACGCAUCUGCAUGAGCAUCCAGACCAAGACACAGGACGAGUUCAUUGGCGUCGUCAAGGCAAUCAACGGGCGCGAUGACAUGCGCGCGAUUGACCUGGCGUCUAAUGAGCUAGCCAAGUCGCACAUGCGCCACCUCGUUGGCGGCCGUCCGCAGAACGUCUCAAAUGAACGUCUGUUCCGAUUAGAGUUUCCGGAGCGUCCCGGUGCGCUCAAGGACUUUCUUGAAACGCUCAGUCAAUCCUCGCGUCAAUGGAACGUGAGUCUAUUCCACUACCGCAACCAUGGCGCAGAUAUUGGCCGUGUGCUUGUCGGAUUCCAGGUACCACCAAAGGACAACGCGGCCUUUUCUACAUUUCUUGAACAGGUGGGCUUUCGUUACGAAGAGGAAACAGACAAUCCGGCGUCCACGCACUUCCUCCAUUAG